UUUCACAGCAAAGAGGGAAAGGGAUGAUGGUUUACGCUUCACAUACAAAAUAAAUCUACGUCUUACCAAGGCAGAGUUCAUUCAGUAACAUAUUGUAAUGGGGACGAUCGUUUUGCUAAGUUAAAUAUCUCGUGUUUGUUGUAACAUACAAUGUAGUCGAGGCCCAUUCUGCGCGCGCUUUUAGUGACGCCGGAAGAGUUCUCCCCUGGUGAAAACAAGCAUCCAUCCACACAGCGGGAGCUGGGAGCACCCCGCCAGGACGUGUAAGGAAAGCAAAAUGUAUCAAAAUCCUGUUGGUGACGUGGAAAAACUCAGAAACUCCAGGAAGAGAGUUAAGAGUAUCCUAUGUGACAUCGGACUGGAUAGUUGUAACGAUUUAGUCGAGGAAUUGAAGAGUUUUGACACUGGUGAGGAGUGCUUCAAUGACACAGAGUGGGAUGACUUGACUGAGGGAUACAGUAGCAAACGGCGGAAAAAGUGGUGCUAUCGGUCUGAAAAGUUCUGUUGCAACCUGUGCUGGUUCUCCACGUGGUCCUGGUACACCUUCAGAGGGCAUGUGCAGCGCUGUCACGAGGAGGAACUGGAUCUGGCCUCUCUGUCCACCUGCAAGAACUGCCACUUUGUUGGUCACCCCAGUACCACCGACCACCACAUCAAACUCUUCCACUCAACAGCCAAGUUGCGACAGAAGCAGGACACAACCGCAGCAUCACAGAAAGCUGAGAUUAAGAAAGCUGCACCCGUUGUGCCCAAUAUACAAGGAGAUAAGUACACUUGUCGCAGCUGCGGCUACCACGAUUCGUUGCUUUAUGUGAUGAAGAAGCAUGUUUUGGUGAACCACUAUGGGUCACUGCUGAACCGUUACUUUGGGCAUCGAAAUCAGGAUGAGAAGAACAGUGAGGGGGCUAUGUACUACUGCAAGAUGUGCAGUCUGCCUGCGCAGACUUGCGAGCACCUGCUUUAUCACAUUUUAAGUUCAGAGAAACACAAAGAACUGGAAGUGCAUAUAAAACCGUUUGUGUGUGAAAACGUGAGUGUCACUAAAAAUGGAACGAAGAAAAAACUCCAGAGUUUAGCACCAAAGGCAGGACAGAAGACCACUAACAAGACUGCUGUGUCUGUGGUGGCGAAACCACAACACUCCUCUGUUGUGAGUCCGACUUCCACAGCGUCCUCUUCAGGUACUGUACUGUUGGCAGCACCGAGCAACACCACUGCCUUGCUGUGCACCUCUGGACCAAGGCAGGUGUACAUUCCAUCACAGGCCAAAAACAUAUUGCUUUCCAAUGCGCAGACCCCUGCAAGAUUACCUACACCAACAGUAGUUAAGACGGGUUACAGUAUGUUUGUGCCAAAUUUGACUUCCAAUACAUCCAAGCAGGUGCCAAGCAUCACCGUGAGGGUUCCUGGUCUACCACAUACACAACCUGGCCAGGUCCUGCUGCCUCCUGGAGUACGGAUCAAUGUCCCUGGAAAAAUGGGGCUACGGCCUCCACAGCCUCUAUUGGUGACCCAUAACCUUGCGAUGAAUCAGUCCAAUCCUCAGCCACCAAUGCUGUCUUCUCAGUCCAUCCGACUGAUUCCAACAGGGAACAAUGUCAAUGGAGUUCCGACGUACACCCUUGCACCUGCCGUCCAGGUCACAGUUCCGGUCCAGCCUGGUGGUGCCCAAGUCGUUGGCAAGGGACCGGUGGUCUUGACCCAGAAUAAUGUUGGCACUGUUCAGCAGCUCAGUACACCAAUACCACCUGGUGUCACCGGAAUGAGUGCAGAACAGAAGCUGGCUUUGUCAAAAUCCAAGACACAUGAGCUGGCUGUCUUGUCACCUUUUCUGAAGUCUGACAACAAAACAGUCCGAUGUUUAAAAUGCAAAAUUUUACUCACAGAGAAGGGAAUUUUCCACCAUUUGUUGCAUGGCUUAAAGUGUCUCUUCUGUCCCGCGAUGUUCUAUUCUGUGAAACAAAUUAUGGAACAUGCAUACACAGAACAUAGUCUCUCUGUCAAGGCGAAUCGAGAUUUCCUCAAGAAGGAAUAUCAAAUUGACACCAGUGAUCAAGGUAAUCUUGUGUUUACCUCUUUCGACUUGAACACAAAUAUACCGAAAGAACAGCUAGGGGACAAGGAACUCAAUCUGGUGUUAGUUACCGGCUGUCUUGAGAAGAUAUUCAUGAAGAUGUACCCAGAGUCUCCAAAGGUAGUUGGCACAGCAUCUGCUAAGCAUUUCUGCACUGGCUGUCCGCUUUGUAAAGUGAAGAUCCUGAACAAAGAGGACUAUGAUUUGCAUCUGAAGACCAAGCACCACAUCAUGCCCACCAUUCAUGCCAUUUUGAAAACUCCUGCAUUCAAAUGCAUUUAUUGCCUUGGUGUUUACACAGAGAAGUUCACCUCCAAAACCAUAUCCAUACACGUCCAACGGUGCCGGUGUGCACCCAAGGCUGUGAAAGAUGCAGAAAGACUGAUAAACCCUGACCCAAACAACCAAGUCAGCAAUGGGGAGUUGACCCAACCCAUAGUGGGUGACAGUGCUCUAAAUCAUAACCUAAUGCCCACUGGGAAGAAAGUCAAUGGAGUACCCACCUAUACCUUUGCUCCAAUUCAGCUCAUGACAUCAGUCCAGCCACGUAAUACUCAGCUUCUCCGCAAGGGACAAGUGGUGAUGGUGUCCAAGACCAAAGCUACCAAAAUACUGGGUGGCAAAGUGGUACGCAAAGAUUCAAAGUUGGCUCAGUUGAAAGGAAGGGGUAGAGAAAGUUCAACACCCAGAGGCCAGGCUAAAUCAAAGGGAACGGAGGUGAAAUCUCAACAAGUUCGAAAGGAAUUGCUCAACAAGCAUUUCAACCAAAAGCCCUACCUGACUGAGGCGGAGGUGGAAACCCUGGCAGCACGUCUCUGGUUGAAAAGACCAGAUGUUGUUGCUGCCUUCAGUAAAAAACAAAACAUGUGUAUGAAAGCGAUCGACACCAAAAGGACUGCAGUGCUUCUGGGGUUUAACAUGAGCGAGAUGAAGAAGGUGAAACACAACGUUGUCAUUCCAGAGACUCUGCCAGUUAAUGCCAACGUUAAUGUAUCUGUACAAACAGAAGUCGUUGUUAAGACAGAAAACGAUUGCUAGUUGAAUUUAGUUAUGCUUAUUGAAUCUUUUCUUGUACAGUCCACCCAAAGCCCAUGACAUUAAGUUAUGUGUCAGCAGAAUAAAGAAAAGAGACAAUGGCCAGUUACAGAUUUCAUGUUGCGUUCUAUGAGUUAGUGUUUGUGAAUAUUUCGUUUUAAGAUGAGUUUAUACCUUCAUAUCUUAUGUCAGACAGUAUAGGCUUUUGUAAAAAAGGAGAAAAAAAACACAUGUAGAUGUUUGGGAGACUGUUGUGUGUAAUUGGGGUAAACCUGCAAGAAGUAUUCAUAUUUAUUUUUUGUUGGUUUAUUAAGGGCCAUUUAGACUUGUAUAUAACCUCAUAAUAUUUCAGCUAAAGGAAGCACAUUCUAAUUGAUUGUCUACUUGAUAGGAAAAGACCCCAAAUCACAUGGUGUUUUACGGUUCUCAAAUUUGAAGAAACUUUACUGUAUAAGUGCCUGUUGUUCCAUACAUGCUCCAACGCAAUGCUGAUAUGACCUGAAGAAGUUUUUAAUAAAUUGCUGAAACGUG